AUGUCUACGGACGUGUCAUCCCCUCCCACCACUUCUGGCUCGUCCAGGACCCAAGCAACCUCGUCGGAUGCAGCGAGCCAAAAGGAGCUGACCAAGGAGGAGCAGCUCGAUGAAGCGAUACGAAAAAGGCAAGUGACAGACUCGAAGCGAGUCGCAGCAGAUAUUAGGCUGCGCGCGGCGAAGGAACUGGAGAAGGCGGAAAAGCUCGAGGCGCAGGCUGCUGCGCUGGAUCCUAAAACUCAGAAGACUGAUGCCACCGCGGCUAGCACUGGCUCGGAGGCGCCAGCCAGUACCAAGGAUCCAGAUACAGCAGGCAGCGAAGCAGACACCAGCAAGAGCAAGAAGAGCAAGAAGAGUCAGCAGAGUAAGCAGAGGAAGAGCAAGAGGGCGGACGAGACGGAGGAGGAGCGGCGGAAGCGGAAGGGGCUGACGACCGGGGGAAGCAGCGGCGCGAGCCAGACGGGGGCGACUGCGUCAGGGGCGACAGCGAGUCAGACAGGGGCCAGUGGGACGGAGGCGCCAGCGAGUCAGACGGCAGCCGCAACUAGUAGCACGGCCGACUCAUCAAGGACGGAAGCCGAGACGGCGGAGGCUAGUGAGAAGAGAGCAAGAGAUGUACGAAAGAGGCUGGAGAGGAAAGCCGCAGCCAAUGGGAUCACGACCGAAGAGCAGACGCAGCGCGAUGACGAAGGAGCUGCGGAGAAGCAGAGGCGGAAGGCUGACAAGGCCAAACGAGCUGCUCUUCAGAAGAAAACGGGUGAUGCGAGAAAGGAGCAGAGGGACGCGCGGACGGAAGAGUGGGAGAGGAGGAAGAAGGUCAAGCCUGAUGAUGGAGGGACUUCGGCAAGCGGGCCUGAAGCGACCGCGACGACCAGUAGGCGCGACUCGGCCAUCGAUAUAACAGGGGACGCCAGCUCGACUGCUGCAACUUCUGGGGAGACGAGGCAGAGUAAAGAUGAGCAAGAAAGGAGACUUGCAGAGGAGAAAGUGCUGGCUAUGCGCAAAAAACGGGGGGCCAACGCUGAGGCAAGAUCAGCUGCUGCAGCGGCAGCAUCAGAAAACAGCACAGCUCAAGGUGGGCCCAGUGCUUCGGCCACUGAGGUGACUCGCAAUCCGGCCACCACCACAGCUGGGCCUGGAACGGACUUGAUGUCUGGCGCCCGCUCAGGUUCCACCCAAACGAGCACUGCUGCGGGCGAUACGACUACAGCUGCGAAGAAAAGCCGGAGGCCGACAACGGGCGCAACAAAAACCGGCAAGAGUCGCCCCGGUCGCCCCACUGAUACCGCAAUGUCCGGCAAGACGACUGCCGAUACGCAGGCCGAUACGCAGUGGCUGGGGAAGGCCGCAGAUACUCUGAUCGAUUGGAAACUCAAGUGGUUCGGUGCCGAAGAUGAAAAGUCAGUGGUAACCGACUGGAAGCCCUGCAACAAGGCCGUGGCGAGCGAUUUUUCUACCAUGCUUUUGACGAACGGCAUGACGCUGGGCACAAUGGUCCGGGAUACUACCAAGCGCGACAGCGACAUCAUCAAGCUGAUCAAUGCGAAAACCGCAUACGAAACACUCGGCACGACUUGGAACGCCAGAAAGGUUCCAGGUGAUCAUCCCUUCACCACUCAAGGGGACCGCGUCAAGCAGAGUUUCAAGUCAAUAGCCUCGUUGUGGACCGCUGGCGGCACAGCCACGUCUCCGUGGGAUACUUCACCUCCGGUCGGACCGACUGACGCUCCGUCGGUCCUCCCAGAAGAUAUGACUACCAUCAAUACGUCGGCGGUGCAGACUCUUGACUCGGAGGUUGCUAAGCGCGUGAAUAAUGUCAUGGUGAGGUAUUUCAACGAGCAGGGUAAGCGGCUGGCGGAGACGGCGGUGACGGGGACCGCCCGUACUGGUGGCGGAAAGAGCUCGAGGGCCUCAGGGACUUCAAGAUCCGGAAACGGAGGCGGACGAACCGAUACAGAGCGGGAUGAAAAGAGUAGGCGCAAGAAGCGGAGCGAGAAGAGAGAAAGAACGGGCCAGACCACUGGAGUGCCACCGUCGAAGUCGAAGUCGUCGGCGGCAAGCAGUACGGCGGCUGCUUGUGCCAAAGAACUCGGGCCAGAUGACUACGUCCACACCCUUGCGGCGCUGGGCGGGGAGUAG